ACCCUGAUAAUCCAGGCAGUAUUUUCAGAACGUGAAUUAGAAUUCCAAUAGUGAGUAGUUUUUCGUCAAUAACGGAAAUCCAUAUAGUUCUUUGUUUGAGUUUAUAGAUUUGGAUCGGAAACACAACUUCUUAACACCUCAUUCAGUAGAUUUAAACAAGAAUCUUUAAAAAUUGGUUGAAAGGUGAAGGUAUUGACUGACUUUAUUCCAUAACUAAUGGCUUCCAAACCUUGUGAAGAGAAACCUGCAUCUACGGAUAACUGCAUAGAGUCCGCAGUGAAGUCCAGUUUGAAUUUUAUCGAAAAUGAAACAGAAAAAGCUGUUUCUAUGGUGGAGAGAGGAGUGGAGACUGUCCUAUCACCCUUCGAAAGAUGUAUUGCCUUUAUACGUCAUGAAUGCGAUCUAAUGGAGAAAUCAAAACAGAUUAUUGAAGAAGCGUGUGACCUGAUUUCCAAUUUGGGCAAUUUUCUUCAGGGAGAGCCAAAUUUUUUCGGUUUUAUAAGCUUACUCUUGUGGAUUGGAUUUUGCUACAUUUUCGAAGUGUGGAUGAUUCCAUUGCUCAUACCAUUCAUAUUUUUGAGGCAGUUCAUCCUCGUCUACUUCAAAUAUUUCAUGAUAGAAAUAAACGAUGAUCAACCUGAGACGAAGGCAGAAGAAAAAUCCAUCACAGAAAUGCUUCAAGAAUUGUGUGAUGUUUGUGAUAGUAUCGAUAACGGAAUUGAGAUCACUGCGUCGGUCAUAAAAACUACAAAACGAACCUUGAACUUCAAAGAGCCCGAGAUAUGUUACCUUGCCCUUCUGAUCUCCACAUUGUCUGCAAUUAUUCUUUAUCAUAUUCCACUACGUUAUUUCGUUAUUUUUGGAAGUAUAUACCUGUUCAGUAAAAAUUACUUGGAGGUUAAUGGUUACCUAAGAUAUAAAGAAGAGUAAUAGAAAUUUACUCUACUACACUGUUCAAAGAAUACUCGAAAAGAUUGGAAUGUGAUUUUUAAUCGAAUGUUAUCUUUUUAUAACUAAAUCAUAUUUUCAGUGAAUUAAAUUUGUUACUACUGUGUGGGUUAUUGAAACCUUCUAGUAAAAACAUUGAAUGAGGAACUCAAGUGCGAACGAAAAUAAAUUUUUCAGGACAAGAAA